UGGCCGCACAUCUGGAUGGAAACGAGCUUUGUCCACAUCACCAUGGCUCUGGGGCUGCCCUCCAAGAAAGCAUCUUCCCGUAACGUGGUCGUGGAGCGUAGGAACCUGAUCACCGUGUGCAGGUUCUCUGUGAAAACCCUGUUGGAGAAGUACACGACAGAGCCCAUCGAUGACUCAUCCGAGGAGUUUGUUAAUUUUGCAGCCAUUUUGGAGCAGAUCCUCAGCCACCGUUUCAAAGCCUGUGCCCCAGCAGGUCCAGUGAGCUGGUUCAGCUCAGAUGGGCAACGGGGCUUCUGGGACUAUAUCCGGCUGGCCUGCAGCAAAGUGCCCAACAACUGUGUGAGCAGCAUUGAGAACAUGGAGAACAUCAGCACAGCCCGAGCCAAGGGCCGGGCGUGGAUCCGGGUGGCACUGAUGGAGAAGCGCAUGUCAGAAUAUAUCACCACAGCUCUUCGGGACACCAGGACUACCAGGCGGUUUUAUGACUCCGGAGCCAUCAUGCUGCGCGAGGAUGCCACCGUCCUCACCGGGAUGCUGAUUGGACUGAGUGCCAUAGACUUCAGCUUCUGUCUAAAAGGCGAAGUCCUGGACGGGAAGACCCCGGUGGUCAUCGACUAUACGCCCUACCUAAAGUUCACCCAGAGCUACGACUACCUGACGGAUGAGGAGGAGCGACACAGUGCCGAGAGCAGCACGAGCGAGGACAACUCUCCAGAGCAUCCCUACCUGCCGCUCGUCACCGACGAGGACAGCUGGUACAACAAGUGGCACAAGAUGGAGCAAAAGUUUCGCAUCGUCUACGCACAGAAGGGUUACCUGGAGGAGCUGGUGCGUCUGCGCGAGUCUCAGCUGAAGGACCUGGAAGCGGAGAACCGGAGGCUGCAGCUGCAGCUGGAGGAAGCCGCCGCGCAGAACCAGCGCGAGAAGCGGGAGCUGGAAGGCGUGAUCUUGGAGCUGCAGGAGCAGCUGACAGGUCUGAUCCCUGGUGACCACGCCCCCUUGGCCCAGGGUUCCAAGGACCUCACCACACCCCUGGUCAACCAGUGGCCCUCCCUGGGACCGUUCACGGGGGCCGAGGGUGCCAGCAACUCCAAGCUCUACCGGAGACACAGCUUCAUGAGCUCCGAGCCGCUGUCAGCCGAGGCCAGUCUGAGCUCCGAUUCCCAGCGCCUGGGCGAGGGCAAGCGGGACGAGGAACCCUGGGGUCCCAUCGGGAAGGACCCCACGCCCUCCAUGCUGGGCCUCUGCGGCUCCCUUGCCUCCAUUCCCAGCUGCAAGUCCCUGGCGAGCUUCAAAUCCAACGAGUGCCUGGUGAGCGACAGUCCUGAGGGCAGCCCAGCACUGAGCCCCAGCUGAGGAACGGUAUGGGCAGUGCCAGCCCCAUCUGCCAGGGGCCAUGGACACCUGCCACCUUUCCUCAAGUUCCCCUAUCUAGAGAAUGCUGCCCACCCAGCAGCAGGGGUUGUCUUUCCCCCUGCCUCUUGUGUGUUUUAGCUUCCUGCCCAAGGAGGGCAAGGACUGCAAAGGAAAGAGGCGGGACCAAGAGGCAGGGACACCAAAACCAUAGGGGGAGUCCCCAGGGAAGCUGCUCCAUUCUUCUGGUAACCCUGAUUGAUGCCUGGCUGACUCCCUCUCACUCCUCUUUGCUCAUCUCCCACACCCUCCUCAGGAGCUGGUGUCCCAGUCUUGGCAAUCCCACUGCCCUGCCUCUCUGGUCUAUUCCUGUGUACCCUCCAAAGUAACUCCUUCCUUGGCCCCCACGUGGGGGCUGUGGGGGGAUCAGGCAAAUAAAAACCAGAGGACUGAGGGUGGCUUCAUCUGUGAUGGGCUGGGUAGGCCCCACACUGAGGUCAGUAGAAGGUGCUGCAUCCAGUGCCUGGCCCAUAACCAAGACGACAGAACUAGCUUGUGACCUGUGCGAGCAGGUGGGCAGAGG